AGCUAGCCACGCGAAAAAUACAUGCAGGCUCUAUUUCAAUGACAUCUGAACAUGUCUCGUAAAGUUCAGGUUGUAGACGUUUCCAUAACAGCAAUGUUUAACUGUGCCCUUCCAGAGGCAAGAGAGACAAUUUACAAGUCAGAGUCCCAGACAGUCCCAUCCGGCUAGACAGUCAGUAGCCUACUGUUCUUGUUGUUCCUUGUUUGGGGAUAGAAUUGGGAAAAGGCUACUUUUAUCUUUUGGAUAUCUUACUCAGGUAUGUCCUGGUGUUUUCCUUUGUAAAUGAAUACUUAUACUAGUAUCAAAUGUUUUAGAAAAGCAGCUUUUGCUUACAUAAUAUUAGAGCAUCAUGUUUACAGUGUGAACUUUUAUUUAAGGCCAAAUUGUAGACAAGUAGACAUAGGAAUGGGCCGGAGGAACAAACCAAGGGCAACAAGACCAGAAAUAGGUGAUAAACGGGUAACACCUGACCCUCUUCCAAUGGUUGUGGGAGCAGUGAAAUGUGUACUACCCAGGAAGACUGCCUUAAAGUUAAUUAAGGCUUGUGAAGUAACCACAAACAUACGAAGUUCUGUCUCCAAUACGUAUGAGAGAUUAGACAAUAGAGUGGUGAAAAUCUGUGUCAAUCUAUGGCCUGUCCUGGCUUCAGCCAAAGAGCCUGUAGAGGAAAGCAGUGAUUCGCUGGAUGAAGAGGAACCUGGGACCAGCACAGAUACAAGGACCUUCAACACAUCAAAGUCUGGUGAGCAGCGUCCGAGAGACCAAGAAAGGAGACCCCACGUUAGACAAGAAUUGGACAGGGCUAAAGCAAGCCGUCUAGUGAAGCCUAUUUUACUACCACCCAUAAGUAAACUAUCCCCUACAACACGACUAGCACAUUCAGAGUGCAUGGGAAUGCCAGUGUCACACACAUCUCUGCCACAGAUAUGUGUAUCAGACCAAGAUGCCUUGGUCAAAUCCUCCAAGGGGACAAAAGCCAAUGAGAAUAAGGCACCAUUUCCCAUGAUCCUAUUGCAGAAGACCAGCACUUUGAUGGACAGCACCAUUAUCUCCCAAUGUAGGUCUGCCCAGGUUCACCUCCCUGAGAUCUCAGUGUCCAGUAUAGAAGGCCUGCUUCAGAGAGUUGCAGAGCGAGUGGGAAGGAGAGAGAGAAAGAGGGAUGAGACAUCGGGACUGAACAAUCCUGAUCAUCUUCUCAUGGCUGGCGCACUGCGAAACCUGAGAGAGAAGAGGCUCCAGAAAGGGACCACUCUAGUAACAGAGAAUGGUAUGCAGAACCCUGCCUCCCUCUGCAAUAAAACCAAACUGCCUGUCAUCCUUAGUAUGACCAAAGGCAGCCUUUGAACAUGGAUGAAU